UUUACUACGGGUUUCGUUUGUCGCGUGGUCGUGUGCGCCUGCGCUCUCCCGCCAUAGGUAUAUAAAACGAUGGAACCACUUCAAAAGUUAGUGUUCAACGUUCUGUUACCGGCGGCGUUUCGCGCACAAGCAAGCCAGACGUGGGCUAGCGAUUUGCAACGCGCCUUUUUUUUUGUUCCCGCAAAGUUCCACGACAGGGUAAGCACUUACGGCGUGGAGUGUACUGCUGCGCUUGGUUUCUGUUCACGCUGUACGACCACGUGGUGGGGAAGUCAGGUUAUUGAUUACCGAAUAAAUCAAUAAAGAAGAAAUAUUUUAAUCAUUACUGUGACUGGAACGCUUUUAUUUUGAAAAUAAUAAUUGAAUCACUAAUUUUAAAUAAUAUUUUUCAAGUGAAUUAGAAAGUAGUUAGCAUUAUUUUAUUGCGCAGUCAGAAAAAAAAAGCAUAAACGAGAACGGCAACUGCACCAGCCAAUAGCGUGCAGCCAAACGCGACUCGCGCAUGCGCAGUGGCAGCUCGGGCCAUCGAUCUGCGCGCGCCUCACAGGACCCGACUAGAACUAUCGACCGCGUUAUAAACAAAGACGCGGGCCAGUUGCUUCAGAAUAGGAAGUGAGACCAUCGAGCUCGGACGUACGUUCGUGCGUUGACGCUUCGCUCAGCGCUGCGCUGAAUUUUCUCCCAGUUUAGUCAGUGGCUGGACUGACUUGCUGGUUUUGGGAUCAGUUCCCUACCGUCAUCAUGGUUUGGGGUUAGUAAAUUUACAUCGGAGAGAUCUCGGUGCGUUUGGCGCCUUGAGUUCUAAAGGAGAGACGCUUCUUAACAUCUUGAAGAAAGGAGUCUGCGAGGCACGGGUGCCCACAGAGAAUAACUUGAUGUCUGUGGUCUAAAACAACAAGAACGGGCUUGAGAGAAGGUCAGAGGAUUGAAAGAAAGUUUCCAUCUGGUCGGCUGUGGGGAAGGAAGUAGCAAGUUAAUUAACAAACCCUUAAAAAAUCCAUCCAGCAAAUUCAAGAUGCCGAAGAGCUCAACAAGUUUUUACACCAGUAACAUGUCUAUCGCCAGCGAGCUGGGGCUGGAUCGAGCCAAGGACUUCGUGAAGGGGUCGUUGAAAGCACUGAACAUCGGGGGCUCCACUGAACAUCGCAUCACCCCCGAAUGCGAGCUGCCCAUUUUGAAAUCUUCGGGCAGUGAACUCUCUUUCAGCCAGGAGAAGGAGCGUAUCGAGGGAUGGACGCCCCUGCUGGUUCUCACGGGAGUGGCCACCACUGUCGGCUGCUCCGUCCCAGUGGGUUACAGCAUUGGCGUGAUGAACACUCCUGCUGCCAUCAUCAAGGAGUUCUGCAACGAGACGGUGUUCUCGAACUACGGCUCGUACCUGUCGGAGCCGCAGAUGAACGUCCUCUGGUCGGUGAUUGUGUCCAUCUUCCUGAUGGGCGGGGUGACUGGCUCCUUGACCGGGGGCUGGGUGGCUGACCGUUUCGGCAGGAAGGGGGCGGUGGUGAUCAGUGGCGUGCUGAGCCUGGUGGCCGCGCUGUUCUUCGUGACGUGCCACUUGGCGCGGUCCGUGGAGAUGCUGCUGUUGGCACGGCUCGUCAUCGGCUUGUCCUGUGGCCUCACGACCAGCACCAUUCCCAUGUAUCUCACGGAGAUAGCUCCCCUCUCUAUCCGCGGAGCUAUGGGUGUUUUGUGCCCUCUGGGCCUGACCGUGGGGGUCAUAGUGGCCCAGGUACUGGGUCUCAAGCAAGUUCUAGGCCGGCCCGACACGUGGCCCUACCUGCUGGGCCUGUAUGCCGUGCUGAUCCUGGUGUCUGCGCUGGCGCUGCCCUUCCUGCCGGAGAGCCCCAAGUACCUGUACAUCGUGAGAGGCCAGGAGGAGCGCGGCAUCAGGGAGCUGACGCGGCUGCGCGGCCUGGCGCCAGACCAGCUGCGCGACGAGCUGGAGGACAUGCGGCAGGCCAACAAGGCGGAGGAGGAGGCGGGCGGGUCCUGGACGUUCGGCAGCGUGCUGCGCGCCCCUUCGCUGCGCCUGCCCCUGCUGCUGGUGUGCGCCUUGCAGGCCGGCCAGCAGUUCUCCGGCAUCAACGCCGUCUUCUACUACUCCAUGACCAUCUUUGAGAACGCCGGCCUCAGCCACGACGGCGCCCAGUACGCCAGCAUCGGCGCCGGCGGCAUGAACCUGCUGGUGGCCAUCAUCGCCAUCCCGCUGGUGAACCGCUGCGGGCGCCGCCCGCUGGCGCUGUGGAGCUGCUUCACCGCCUCUGUCUGCCUCGUGCUGCUCUGCGUCUGCAUCACCUACAUCAAAGCUUUCACCUGGAUGCCGUAUGUUGCCAUUUUUGCUGUCCUGGCUUACGUCUUCUGCUAUGGUUACGGCUUGGGACCCAUUCCGUACUUCAUUGGAUCAGAACUGUUCCAAGUGGCUCCCCGUCCCGUGGCGAUGUCCUACGGCAGCAUGGCGAACUGGGCCGGCAACUUCAUCGUGGGCAUGACGUUCCCCAGCCUGCAGGCGCUCAUCGGCCAGUAUUCCUUCCUCCUGUUCGCCGCCACCACGCUACUGCUCACUGUCUUCCUCAAGUACUACCUGCCCGAGACGAAGGGCCGCAACCCGAGCGACGUGGCGGAGAUCCUGCAGUACGGCUUCCGCAGCCGCAUCAACGCCCCGCCCCUUUCCGCCGUCCGCCAGCGCCACUGCAGCAUCAACAGCGCCGCGUCCCGCCCCCACCGCAACUCGGAGACGGUGUCCCUCUCGACGGACCCGCCCCUGCCCGCAGACUCCCUCUCCCUCUCCUCCCCGCACUCGGGCGUGCUGGUGCAGAACAACUCGUACACCAACCUGCCGGCCAUCCCGGAGCUGCCCAAGUCCCCGCUGGCCCUCCGCCCGGCCAUGCCCAGCAUCCCGGAGAACCUGUCCGGCCUGGCCUCCAGCACCAGGCAGGAUGUCUGAGCCGUCUCUCACUACUUUCCCCUUAUAUUUAAUUUUACUCCUCUAAGUUAAAAGCCAUACUUUUUUAUACUUGUAGUAUGUUUUUUUCGAAAAAUUUGUAACUGAGCAAUAUUUCAUCUGAAGUAUUUUUUAGAACUAGCCAAGGAAAAUCUCCCACCUGUUACUUUUAAAAGUUGUAAUUUUAAUGUGCGAGUCAUUGUCUUUAUCAAAGUUGUUCACUAUCGAUGAUUAUCAUGGCCGUUUGUCGAAUUUGUGUAUCUGUCCAUGUUAGAAGUUGUUGGUUGUUCUAGUAAUGUGCAUGAUGUAAUUUUAUUCUUUGGGGCUGCAUUUACGAGUGCUGGAGUGUGCUGAUGAGAAUCGCCCUAGUUUCCUUCUGGUAAAUGCCCACUAAGAAUUGGUUUUUUCCUUGCGCUAUUACUGGGAUAGUAAUAUAUCUUUUCCAAAAUGUAACUUUUUUCUGCCCCUUCCAUUAAAUUUUUUUCGCACCUCAAGUUAAAAAAGAGCAGUGCAUUAUAUCCAGCAUCAUUCAGUAUUAACAGCAGUGAUUCGAGAGGACUGUGGUCUGGUGAUUUAAAGUAAAUUGUAAUGUGGCCCAGUUAUUAGUCUUGAACAUAAUGCUGUGUGCUUAUUUCAUAGUAUCAAGGUAAUGUAAAUCACUACACACCUUAUUCUCUUGAUUAGUUGUCAAAAUGUGAUGCAAGGUUGGUAUCAUGUUAUGCAUUUACUUGCACCGAGAUGUGCCAGUUGGUGCAAGUAUACAAAAUUUGUUUUAAGUUUAACAAACUUUUGAAAAAUGUUUUUACUGAAAGGAUUGGGUCCAUGAAAUAACUAUGAAUAUUUGAUUGGUUAUAUUUUAUGUAUACCAACCAUGCAUUAUUCCGGUUGGUUUCAUUAAGUUUUGCAACCAGGUAACAAAAAUUAAACUCUUUUUCUGUACUAUUAGGAAAUGGUUAUUCAUUGAAAGGUUUAGUGAUUUUGUCUAAAUUUUCAUGACAAGUGAUUUCUGUCACAUGUGUUGUAGUCAAUUAUGUGGUGUCUGCAUUUAUAUUUUUUUUCUAAUAAAAUGUUUUCUUGAAUUUUGGCAUGGUUUAGUUGCUUUUUUUUUAAUUUUAAUAUAUUGUCGGUAUACUGCAAAAGUGAACCUAGUUAAAAAGUAGGAAACAAUGAGAUGAAAUUACUGUCAGCCUAAUAAAGGGCAGAAGUAUGACAAGCAAAAAAAAAUGCCAGUGUCAGAGUAUGUCGGCAAAUACCGAAUUAAAAUGUUAGCUGUUCUGCCAAAGUCUCUAUCAACAAUAUUGUUUAUAAAAAAAUUGAUAAAGGUCAAUUAAUUCAAAUUUACCAUAUUGGACUAGCUCACAUUUUGGCACUAUACCGAUGAUUAUUAUAUAUUCCUUGAAAUAAAUUUUAUGUUGUUGGUAAUUGGUGAAAGUUUUUUCUUUUAUUUUAAGCUGCGAAUGAUAGUUGAGCAGAACAUCUGAAAAUCCAGUUACAUUACUUAUUGGUGUUGAUGUAAUGAAAGUGGAAAAUACCCAAUAAACUGCGGUGAGACUUGA